ACACUUCCUUUUCCGGAAAAUCUGGCAAGAUGGUUGUCGGUAAAAACAAGAGGCUAUCAAAAGGAGGCAAAAAGGGUGGAAAGAAGAAGGCUGUGGAUCCAUUCGCCAAGAAGGAAUGGUAUGAUGUUAAAGUGCCGUGUAUGUUUAACAAACGUAACAUUGGUAAAACUCUAGUUACCAAGACCAUAGGAACAAAAAUUGCUUCGGACGGUCUGAAAGGUAGAGUGUUUGAAGUUUCAUUGGCUGACUUGCAAGACGAUGAAGUCGCUUUUAGAAAGUUUAAGAUGGUUGCCGAAGAAGUACAAGGUAAACAUGUACUAACAAAUUUCCACGGUAUGGAUUUGACAACCGAUAAAUUGAGAUCAAUGGUCAAAAAAUGGCAAACUCUCAUUGAGGCCAACGUUGAUGCUAAGACCAGCGAUGGAUAUCUCCUUAGAAUGUUCUGCAUAGCCUUCACCAAGAAAAAUAGCGGUCAGACUUCCAAAACGUGCUAUGCUCAACAACAACAAGUAAGAACUAUCAGAAAGAAGAUGGUUGAAAUAAUGACCCGCGAAAUUUCCAACUUUGAGCUUAAAGAAGUCGUCAACAAAUUGAUCCCAGACUCGAUCAGCAAAGAUAUCGAAAAAUCUUGUCAAGGAAUCUUUCCUUUACAUGAUGUCUACAUCCGUAAAGUUAAAAUUCUUAAGAAACCGAAAUUCGAUUUGGGUCGUUUGAUGGACCUACAUGGUGAGGGUACCUCCAAAGGUGGUGUCAUUUCUGAAGGUGGUGAAAAGGUUGCUCGCCCAGACAACUACGAACCACCAGUUGUCGACUCUGUGUAG